AUGGCGCUCGCCUGUCCGUCCUCCGUGUCCUUCAAGUCCUUCCAAGGGCUCAAGGCCAGUCCUGCUGUCUCGUCCCAAGCGCGCAUUAGUCGCUCUAAUGUAGCUUUCCCGAAUGCCGCGUCCAAGCGUCUGGUAGCCGUCGCGGCCGUUGCAGAGGCACCAGCAGCUGCCGGCCCGGCAGUUCUGCCGGUCCUGACCAUGGACGGUGCGAACUCCGGCAAGACGGCGGAGCUGAACCUGCGGACGGCACGGCCAGAGACGGCAAAAGCCGUUGUCCACCGCGCCGUGGUCACCUACAUGCAGAACAAGCGCGCGGGUACCGCGAGCACGAAGACCCGCGCGGAGGUGCGGGGAGGCGGGCGGAAGCCGAUGAAGCAGAAGGGAACCGGCAGCGCUCGCCGGGGAUCGCAGCGGACGCCGCUGCGCCCCGGUGGUGGUGUGGUGUUCGGGCCUAAACCCAAGGACUGGACUAUUAAGAUCAACAAGAAGGAGAAGCUGCUCGCCGUGGGGACCGCUCUGCAGAACGCGGCGACCGCGAAUGGCGGCGCGAGCUUCAUCGUGAUCGAGGACGUCCACGACAAGGUCGCGGCGCCUAAGACUAAGGACUUCGUCGCGGCGCUCGCGCGGUGGGGCGUGGAUUACAAGAAGGACCACGCGCUGCUGCUUACCGGCGAAGCGUCGGAGAACCUGCUGCUGUCGACGCGGAACAUUGAGAAUCUGAAGGUGGUGACGCCGAACGCGCUGAACAUCUACGACGUGCUGCGCGCCGAUAAGCUGCUGGUGACGGAGUCCGGGCUUGAGUACCUUAACCAACGUGCCUUCCCCUCCACUCCUCACACCUCCUGCCUCCGCUUCCCUCACGCCUCCUGCCUCCUCACGUCUCUUCCCCCUCUUUUCACAUGCGUGCCAUUUCUUCCCUCUCCCUCCUCCCCUGCUUCCAUGCCCCCUCUCCUCGCUUCUUGCCAACUCUUUCCCUCCUGCCGACUCCACCUCGCUUGCCCCAUUUUGGACCUUUGCCCUCUGGCAAGUUCAUUCCCUCCCCUCCCAAUUCCCUGCCGUGCUUUUUUCCUUCCACUCAUUGCCAAAUCCAUUCUACCUUCUGCCGCCUGA